AAGACGCAACAAAGCAGUAGGAACGAGGAGCUGCUGGCUAUAAAACGUAAGUGUUCCGAUCCAGAGCAAUUGCAAGCGAUACGAAAAAUAAAUUUCAGUUUUUUCUCAUAAUGGGUUCCACCAAUGCCAAUAAUGAAACGGUCGCAGAGAUUCCGGAGUGGAUCCGCGUCUUCAAAGAUGGCACCGUGGAACGCCCACUUGAUUUUCCGAUCGUGCCACCCACUCUCAACACUGGACUCUCAUCCAAAGACAUCACCAUCUCACACCACCCUCCAAAACCAAUUUCUGCACGCAUUUACCUUCCAAACAUCACCAAUUCCCAGACUAAGAAACUUCCCAUCUACGUCUACUUUCACGGUGGUGGCUUCUUCUUUGAAUCCGCUUUCUCCAAACUUUUCAAUGACCAUUUUCUCAAGUUGGUCCCUCAAGCCAACAUUAUAGUGGUUUCCGUUGAGUACAGACUCGCUCCAGAACACCCUCUCCCUGCAGCUUACGAUGAUUGUUGGGACGCUCUCAAAUGGGUCGCAUCCCAUUCUACUAAAGACACCACCCCCAACAACACUGAAUCUUGGUUGACUGAGCACGGUGACUUCAACAGAGUGUUCAUAGGAGGAGACAGUGCUGGUGCCAAUAUUGUUCACAACAUUCUCUCCUUUCGUGUUGGGCCUGAGCCCUUGCCUGGGGAUGUUCAAAUAUUGGGCUCUAUUUUGGCCCAUCCUUAUUUCUACGGCUCAGAGCCUGUUGGGUCUGAGCCUGUUACUGGGCUGGAACAGAAUUUCUUCAAUCUGGUUUGGAAAUUGGUGUAUCCUUCAGCACCCGGUGGGAUUGACAACCCUUUCAUUAACCCUUUGGGUGCUGGGGCACCUAGCUUGGCUGAACUUGCUUGUUCUAGAAUGCUGGUGUGUGUUGCUGAGAAGGAUGGCUUAAGGGACAGAGGGGUUUGGUACUAUGAGGCUGUCAAGAAAAGUGGGUGGAAAGGGGAAAUACAACUCUUUGAAGAGAAGGAUGAGGAUCAUGUUUAUCAUUUGCUCAAACCUGCACUCAAUCAAGAUUCUCAUAAGGCUGAUGCAUUGAUCAAGCUCAUGGCUUCUUUUCUCGUCAAUCACACAUUCAUGUCAUCAUCUGCAUUCAUUCCCAAUACCAUCUCUCUCUCUCUCUUUCUCUCUGCUUCCUUCAAUUCAAUGGCUUCCAAAGAGAUAGCCAGAGAGCUCCCUCCUCUCCUCCGCGUCUACAACGACGGAACCGUGGAACGCUUCCUAGGUUCCCCGCACGUGCCACCCUCCCUCUUAGACCCCGAAACAUUAGUCUCCUCGAAAGACAUCGUCAUCUCCGAAAACCCCUCCAUCUCCGCGCGCGUGUACCUCCCGCCCAAACUCAACAACUCCCACCAACAAAAGCUUCCGAUCUUUGUUUACUUCCACGGCGGCGCGUUCUGCCUCGAAUCCGCGUUCUCCUUCCUCCACCACCGCUACCUCAACCUCAUAGCCUCCGAAGCGAAAGUUCUCGUAGUUUCCGUCGAGUACAGGCUCGCCCCAGAGAACCCUCUUCCCGCAGCAUAUGAAGAUAGCUGGGAAGCUCUCAAAUGGGUAACUUCCCAUUUUAACAGCAACAAAAGUGAACCAUGGUUGGUUGAACAUGGUGAUUUUAACAGGUUUUACAUAGGGGGUGACACUGCGGGUGCCAAUGUUGCACAUAAUGCAGUUCUUCGCGUUGGUGUUGAGAGUGAAACACUUUGGGGUGUGAAAAUAGCGGGUGUGGUUCUUGCUUUUCCGUUGUUCUGGAGUUCGGAACCGGUUUUGUCUGAAAUGGUUGAGGGGUUUGAAGAGAGUUCAGCCAUGCAAGUUUGGAAAUUUGUGUACCCUGAUGCACCAGGUGGCAUUGAUAACCCUUUGAUCAAUCCUUUGGCUUCUGGGGCGCCUAGCUUGGCCUCUCUGGGGUGCCACAAGGUGCUGAUUUUUGUGGCGGGGAAGGAUGAUCUUAGGGACAGAGGGAUUUGGUACUAUGAUGCUGUUAAGAAGAGUGGGUGGGAAGGGGAUGUGGAACUGGUUCGAGUGGAGGGAGAAGAACAUUGCUUUCAGAUCUAUCAUCCUGAAACUGAGAAUUCUAAGGGCGUGAUUAGUCGCAUAGCUUCUUUCCUUGUUUGAACACCAACUUCCUCUUUCGGAUUGUUGUGUUUUUAUUAAUGUUUGUGAGGAAUUCUUGUGAUUUUAAUAAUGAAUGAAACGAAUUUAUGAAUCAAAUGCUUCGAAAGUUUCUAUUGA